AUGCUGCUCCCAGCGAGCCUCCUGAUCGGCCUGCUGUGCCUGAGCCACGAGGGCGGUGUCUGGGGUUUUGCCCGUCUGCAGGACGAGGUGGAGCUGCGGUCUGCUUUCUCAGUGGCACGCACCAACAGCAUGGAGGGCGGGCCCAAGAUGAUCGUGACCUUUGACGCUGUUUACGUCAACAUCGGAGGAGAUUUCGACCCCAAGGCCGGCAUGCUGCGCUGCCGUAUCCCCGGGGCUUACUACUUCUCCUUCACGGUGGGGAAGUUCCCUCACAAAGACCUGUCUGUGAUGCUGAUGAAGAACAGGAACGAGGUGCAGGCCAUCGUGUACGAGGAGAACGCAGGAGAGGAGAGGAAGGUGCAGAGUCAGAGCGUGAUGCUGCAGCUGGACUUUGGGGACACCGUCUGGCUCCGUCUGCACGGUGACCCCCGCUACGCGCUCUACAGCAACACGGGACACUACACCACCUUCAACGGAUACCUCGUCUACCCCGACACCUACGGCUACCAGACGCACCACCACCACCAGCAUCCAGACUCCAACUCCCAGCAGCCCCUGCAGGAGAACAACCCCCAGGCAGACUACAACCACGACACAGAGCACUUCAAGUCUGCAGCAAGAGACACGCAGGAGGAGAAGGAACCACAACAUGCAGAGGAAGAGGAGGACGAUGACGGCGAUGAAGAGGAGGACCAGAGAUCUGCCUUCUCUGUCGGGCGCACCCAAAGCAUUGUGGGAGUGGACCAGGUGGGCUUGCCGCAGCACCAGCCGGUCAGCUUUGACACCGCCUUCGUCAACAUCGGCGAGGACUUCAACGUCACAGAGGGCGUGUUCACCUGCCGCAUCCCCGGUGCGUACUACUUCUCCUUCAACGUGGGGAAGCUGCCUCAGAAGACGCUCUCGGUCAAGCUGAUGAAGAACCGCCUGGAGGUGCAGGCGAUGAUCUACGACGACAGCCAGGGCGAGAAAGCCCUGCAGAGUCAGAGCCUGAUGCUGUCGUUGAAACCGGGGGACACGGUGUGGCUGUACUCGCACCAGAGGGACGGCUUCGGGGCGUACAGCAACCACGCCAAGUACAUCACCUUCACCGGCUUCCUGGUUUACCCAGACUUCCCCACGACCGCCACCGCCACUUCCACCUCCACCAACACGCCCGCCAGCAGCCACUCAUAUGCAGAAAAGAAACCCUAGC